AUGAAGUGGUUGUUCUGGAAUAUUAGAGGUGUAAAUAAAAGGUAUAAACAGAAGGAAGUUAGGGAGUACAUUAGGAGCAAUAAAAUAAACCUAGUUGGUUUGGUAGAAACUAAGGUUAAAGAAACAAAUGCUUACAGAAUUGCUAAUCCGCUGGUUCCUGGAUGGGGUACUCUAACAAACUACAAUGAAGCUAGAAAUGGGAGAGUAUGGAUCUUAUGGGAUACAAAUGUGCUCAAAGUUACUGGUCUUCAGGAUGAUCCUCAACUGAUUCAUUGCAUAGUCAGAAGUAUAAAGGGGGAUGUUACUUGCUACCUCACUGUUGUAUAUGGAUUCAAUGGAAUAGAACAAAGAAGGUCGUUAUGGGGAAAACUACAGUCCUUUUCAACAACUAUCACAGAUGCAUGGUUAGUUGCAGGGGAUUUUAAUGCUAUAUUAUAUCCCAAGGAUAGACAAUCAUGUAAUCCUGUUAGUUAUUCUGAGACUCAAGAGUUUAGCCACUGUAUUCAGCAAGCAGGACUUUCAGAGUUACCUUGGAAAGGAGACUAUUACACCUGGACAAACAAGCAGCCUGGAGCAGAUAGAGUAUGUAGCAGAUUGGAUAGAGUAUUUGGCAACUAUGAAUGGAUGAUGAAGUGGAGCCAUGUGGAAACAGUUUAUGAUCAACCACAAAUCUCUGAUCAUAAUCCUAUGAUACUGACUCUAGCAGCAUCUUCUUGGAAGGGUAAGGUACCUUUUAGAUUCUUUAAUGCAUGGACUGAGCAUGAUGAAUUUCAACAGAUUGUGGCAUCUACCUGGUACUCUACAAAUUACCAUGGUUCUAUGAAAGCAAUAUGGGCAAAACUCAAAGCACUGAAAGGCCCUCUAAAGGCCUUGAAUGUUAAGGAGUUCAAGAGUAUUACUCAGAAGAUAGAGCAUAACAGACAGGAACUGAAGGAAAUUCAAGAACAAAUGGCAAGGGCAUAUUCUGAUGUGUUACUUCAGAAAGAGAAAGAGAUAGUAUUGAAAUUGGAAAGGUGGUCUUUGAUUGAAGAAAGUGUGGUACAGCAGAAAGCAAGAGCAAAGUGGAUUCAACUUGGAGAUUCUAAUACCAAGUACUUCACAGCAGUUAUGAAGGAAAGAACACAAAGGAAACAGAUCACAGAACUUACAAAUGGAAUGGGAGUUAAAGUAAAUGAGCCUGCAGACAUAAAAAGGGAGAUUCUAGGAUUUUACAAGUCACUUAUGGGCUCAACAGCUGCAUCACUACCUGCUAUAAACAGAAUGUAUAUGGCUAAUGGUCCAAUGUUGUCACAAUAA